GUAACAGAAUAGUCAUGUCAUUUGCUAUUGAAUGCUGGUGGUAAUCUGGUCAGAAGAGGACCCCGUGCUUAACUAAUUUUGCCUUUUUGUUGUUUGGGGUGACUUCUUACCAGGGAUGUUAUUCUUGACACCCCGGGGCAAAUGGAGCUGUUCACCUGGUCAGUGUCAGGAACCAUCAUAACUGAGGCCUUGGCUUCCUCUUUUCCUUUGGUCGCCGUGUGUGUGCCGGACCCCUCUGACAGGACUAACCCUGUUGUUUUUAUGUCCAGCGUGCUGUGUGCCUGCGGUAUCCUGUACAAGACAAAGCUACCUUUCCUUGUGGGAAUGGAUUGGCCGGGCUUUGGCAAUCUGGCCCCUAGAAAGACUAAGAAGUGACCUCCUCCAACAGGGGAAGACUGAAGCAAGCGGUGCCAGAAAGAACUGGAGUUUCUGGAGAAUAAAAGCUGGAAGUGUGCCCCCGAAAAUCCCCCCGGGUGGUCAGUGGUCUGACUUGCACGGACCAGUGGCCUUGGCCAGGAGCAGUCCUGCCACUGUAAUUUUAAUGUACUGCCCAGGCUGUAAUUUUAAUUUCCAUUGGGUGCUGGCAAAGCCCCUGUGGGUGAGCCCCAGUGCCUGGCAUGAGUGGAGCGGGCUUCCAGGGCACUCAUUGCAGGCGUUGUGUUUAAGGGAAGAGCAGGGGAGCCUUUCUCUGGCCCAGAGGAGCUGCAGUGUUCUUCCUCUCUGGAAGACUAAGAACUAAAAAAA